CCUCUCUGGCAGGGCGGGCGGAGGGCCAGCCCCGGGGGCUCAGUACGGCAGUGACAAGCUCAUGCUCUCUGAGUGCUACACAGCUGAAUGAGGACUCAUCAAACCGAUGAAAAGGGCUGAGGAGCACGUGAAAGAGGGCCUGGGACCCUGGUUCUGCUAAAAUAUACAUAAAAUGGGAAGAUCAGAAAGCUAAAAAGGCUAAGUUGGAGUGAGGUUUCGUUAACACCAUAAGUAAUCCGUGGCCUAAAGAAUUCCUGCCAUUCUGCUUCUACUUGUCUGUUAGAGAAGCUGCUCCUCAGCCAUGCAUCAAAGCCUGCCUGCCUGCCUGCACAACCAGAGAAGCAGGCAGCAACCUUGGUCUUUCAGUAAAGGAAGCUAGGAACAACUCAGCAGGGUUGGUAGACAUCUCAUGGGGAUGCCAAAUGUGCUUUUGGGAUGGAUUCUUCUAGUGUAACAGUUCUGUCAUCUUGUUAUAUUUGUUACUGAGGAUGUUUAUUAGUUGAAUUAUACCAUUAGCUUUUAAACAGAUGAAGUCUUUUGGUCUUUUAGAAUCGUGCUUGUCUGUGAAAUGCAGUUAACGCAUCAGCUGGACCUAUUUCCCGAAUGCAGGGUGACCCUUCUGUUGUUUAAAGAUGUAAAAAAUGCUGGAGACUUGAGAAAAAAGGCCAUGGAAGGUGCUAUUGAUGGUGCAUUAAUAAACCCUAAGGUGAUUGUUGAUCCAUUUCAGAUACUUGUGGCCUCAAACAAAGCAGUUCAUCUCUACAGACUGGGAAAAAUGAAGACAAAAACUCUAUCAACUGAAAUUAUUUUCAACCUUUCCCCAAAUAACAAUAUUUCAGAAGCUUUGAAAAAAUUUGGCAUCUCAGCAAAUGACACUUCAAUUCUAAUUGUUUACAUUGAAGAGGGAGAAAAACAAAUAAAUCAAGAAGACUUAAUAUCUCAGGUAGAAGGUCAUCAAGUUUCUCUGAAAAAUCUACCUGACAUAACAAAUAUUACAGAAGUCAAAAAGAUAUAUAAACUGUCUUCACAAGAAGAAAGUAUUGGAACAUUGUUGGAUGGUAUCAUUUGUAGAAUGUCAACAAAAGAUGUUUUGUAAAAUGACAGAAAUAUUAAGAUUUUUCAUAAGAAAACAUUGAUUUUUCUUUCUUGAUUAUAAAAUGUGUAUGUUCAGGGAACCUGAGUGGCUCAGUUGGUUAAGUGUCUGACUUUGGCUCAGGUCACGAUCUUGCGGUUCAUGGGUUCAAGCCCCACGUCAGGUUCUGUGCUGACUGC